AUGCCAGAGGAUAAACUGCAGAAAGAAAAGAGGCACGAAUCAAAUCCAAAAAUCCAGAAAACAGAGGUGUAAACACUACCACAUGGACAUCAACAUACUGCAAUGUCAAUCUGCCCAACACACACCCACUGAGACUCUCGCUGUCCAACACACCACAACUCACAAAGUGCCAGCUCAGAGUACCCAUACUCUAAUAAACUUUCUCGACGCAUUCUGAACAACUCAGAGGGACCUAUUUACUAAACACUGAUUUGUAGGGAAUCGAUAACUUGAAGGGGACCUAAAUUCAAAAUUUGGAAUAAAAUAGCGAAGAUGUGACUAUAGUGAAGUUAGAAAGUUUUUCAAUAACAGGACUUUUUGCCUAAAUUUUCCCAUUCCAUUUUCAAUUCACAACAAUUUGCGGUUUUUGUGAAGAUACACAGAGACAUUGUGGCCAAAGCUCAAAUCCAGUGCCAGCCUCUCUAAAAACUCCCACUUCUUCGGUAGCAGAGCACAUAGUCAGCAAAUGAUCUGUAGGUCUGGUGACACAGAUGUCCCUUUCUGCUUGUCACCAUUAUGAGAAAUGACUUAGGACACUGUAAUGUGACUCGUAUAUUGCACCAAAAAGCCUCUCUAUCAUUCUGCACUGGGGAGAGGACACCAACAGGACAAGUCACUUAAACACCUUCACGCCAGUUCGCCAGGAGACAGGGUUAAUGGGGCCACCAAAAUAAAACAGGCACUUGACGUUCUUAUUAGAACUGUCAUUAUUUUGGUUUAUACAUUGUGUGCAGUAUUUGAUUUCUACUUAUAAUAUUCAUAUACUUACAGUACCGAGCAAAUGUUUUAGGCAACGCUGAAAAUUUCAAAUUAAAUCCAUUUAUCUAAGCGUAAGUAUUCCUUUGAAAGUAACACAAGCUAAAAUUGAAUGUGCUGCUGCCAAAGAGGCUGCAAAUGUCUAGAUUAAAGUUAUUUAAGAUUCAAUAUUUCACAUUCCUGCGUAAUACGUCUAUACUGUCCCCACGCUGUCAGCCCAGCACUAAAGACUUUAUAUAUGGGUGCUGAGAGUGUUUAACUGCAGUCUCAUGCUAGAAAUUCUAAGAUUCUGUUCUCGCCGUUUGGAGGGCAGCUGAGUGCGCAGUCGUUCCAUCCACUAGAGGGCACAAUGCUGUUCGUAAAGGAAACAAACUUUGGGUAAGUAUAUCUCCUAAUCUGUACUUCACUGGACGUUUUGACAUUGCAGUGUACGGCUUGUAUAUAUAUUUAUCUGAAGGUAACCAGUCAUCAACAUGAUUUCACUUUAAGUAAGCAAGAAUAAACAAACAAUGUGAAAUGAAAUGUAACGUUUUUCAAGUCUAGUGUAGUUUUAUUGUAGUUUAGUGUAGUUUUAUUGACAACAGACAAUUAAAGGAACACUCUAGGCACCAAAAUAACUUCAAAUAAAUGAAGCUGUUAUAAUGCCAGGAGGCUCCCAGACGCACUUUUACCUUCAAGAGUUAAACCAUUUUCGAACGGUUUAACUCUGAAGUUGCCUCCAGCGCCGAUCUCAGCUCCUCCCCUGGCAGCUUCUUACAGGAAGCGCGCAGUGCUGGCGCUGAUUGGUUGAGAAAGGUCAGCUGACGCUCUCAGUCAAUCAGUGAUCCCUUAUUCACAAAACUGGCUUGGAAAAGGAAUGUUUCUUACCAAGCCAGUUUUGUGAAUAAGGAGUUACUGAUUGGCUGAGAACGUAAGCUGUCUGCUCUCACCCAAUCAGCGGUGCCCCUGCUCGGUGGCACUUCGUGCUACCUGUAAGUGGAAUUACAUAGGCAGGAAGCUACCAGUGGGGGAGCUGAGAUCCAUCUCAGAGGUAAGAUUUCUCCAGUGGGAGUCCUAGCACCAAGGCUUCGUAACUUUAUUUAGAUAAAGUUGUUAUAAUGCCUAUACAGUUUAUUUAUACCAGUUUCCUUUAGCAGACUGUGAUGUAAAAGAUAUCAGGGUUUCCAGAAGUAAAUUCUUCAAAGUUUGUUGCAAAAUUUAGAAUAACGCUUAAUUUGACUUUGGUCUUUUUUCUCAUAUACUCAUUCCAAAUGAAAUCAACCAACGAAGAGGCACUUUUCAACCUCACAUACUUUGAUUUUAUUUAUUUUUACAUAUGACAUAUCUUCUGUAUUUCCAAAGUUAUAGAGGUGCUAACUUGGCUCUUUUAUCGUGUUUUUUUUUUUUUACCAUCACGUUUUAGUAAUAUUCAAUAUUUCCAUUACUAGGGCACCUAUAGAAAGGAUUCAGGUGUUUCUGGAAAAGUUUUGGAGAGGUGAGAUAUUUUCCUAUAUUAUGAAAAUAAAUAUCUAAAGCCAUGGUAAUCAAUAUUUUUUCAAAAAUGGGUCUUAAUUUAUUUCAAAACAUAUAUGUUGUAUAAUAAUACCUCCACACAAUAAAUCGUAUGUGAUUGGAAUGAAGGUGGGCUUGCUUAGGAAGCAUCACUGGGGAUGCCCAUAAUGGCUGGCUGGCUGGCCGGCCUGCCUAAUGAAAGGGCAUGUCAGCACGCCAGGCUGCCAGCCAGACAGCAGGCUUGGCUCCAUCACAGAAGACCAUGCCGAGAACACUACUGAAGCCCUAGUACCCAACACACAGCACAAGUAUUUUUUAAUGAGGGCUGUUCUCCCUGGCAACAGUUUCCUUGUGUUCGUGGAUACAACACACCAGGGAACAAAAUCGGAACGGCGGAACAGUAGCUUAAAAUAGGGAUUGUCAUGCCAAAAUUGGAACAAUUGUUAGGCCUGAUAAAUGAAGAUGGAUAAUAUGAAUUUCUGCUUUAUCAUAGCAACUCAGACUGAGAAUAAAAAAUAAAAGCCGGGUUCCUGACACAGUAAGGUAUCAUAUAAAUGUUUUUAUUAUCGUACGACACAGCAAUGGGAUUCCAGGCACCAUAACCACCAUUGUUGCCCUGGACACAGGUAGAUAAAUAGUGUUGUUUUUACUAAUCUUAAACAUUAACAUCCUUAAUAAUAAAGAUGCAGAAAUUUAUAGAUCCAUGUGUUUUCUAAGUCAAUAGGGAUACAUUAAACAGUAAAGUAAUCCUGUACAGGAUGAAAAUCAAUUCAAAAACACUACUGCGAACACUGUAGAAACAAAAGAAUACAAGACAAACCAUUAAUGCAAUGUUUCAGACUUUAUAAGAAAAUAAACGUGGACAGGGGAAAAGAAAAAAACAAAACUUUUUUACAAAAAAUAAAAAGUUAACAGGCAAAUCUGCAGAACAAAAUUGUAAGUAUAUAAUAAAACAUUAAAGGGAUACUAAAGGCAUCAAAACAACUUUAACUUAAUGAAGCAGUUUUGGUAUAGGUCAUGCCCCUUCAGUCUCACUGCUCAAUUCUCUGCCAUUUAGGAGUUAAAGGAACACUAUACGGUCAGGAACACAAACAUGUAUUCAUGACCCAAUAGUGUUAAAACCACCAUCUAGCACACCUCCCUGCAUGUGACUAACACAGCUUUCCUAAACACUUCCUGUAAAGAGUCAUCUAAUGUUUACACUUGAUCCCUGGUGAUCGAGCUACAGAACCCCGGCAUUCUCUGCAAUGAAACGUGCACAGAAUUAAUAUUAGGCAGCCCUGGACUCUUGUUCCGGGCUGGUUGAUGACACCCUAAUGAUGCUGCCGAAGGUGGAGUUACCCCUCUGGUAGUAGAGGGGUUAAACUCCAUAUGUGCAGUCAUAACGUAAGGGACACUAUAGGCACCCAGAUCACUUCAUCUCAUUGAAGUUGUCUAGGUGCAGUGUCCCUGUCCCCCUUUGUCAUGCAAUGUAAAACACUGCAGUUUUUGAGAAACUGCAAUAAUUAAGGGAUGGGUACCAGAGGGCACUAAAGUAUUAGGAAUACAGAUUUGUAUUCCUAACCCUAUAGAAUCUCUUUAGUGUAAUAAAUACAGUUAACUCGUGGUUUUUAAAUCAUAUAGGGUUAUUCAUUAAGGUCUUGAUUUAGUAUUGUUGAAGAAGCAUUCUAAAUGAUUUAAUAUUUUUUGAUAAACUUUUAAAAUGGUUUAAUAUUUUUUUUUAAAUGAAUUUUGUAGUAUUUUUAUAUUUUUUGUAAUAUCUUUUUCAUAAAUUAGAUAUAAUUUUUAUAUUUUAACAUGCUGAAAAAAUUAUUUUAAAAUGUUUAUCCAAAAAUACUGAAUCAUUUGUAGAGCUUAUCCAACAAUAUUAGAUCGGAGCCCAAAUAAGGCACAGUGAAGGUUCGACAAGGGAAUUGAAAAUUUUAGGUAAAAAUUGGAAAGCAAUAGAAAGUGUCCCACUUCCAGUCCAGUUUUUACAAUCUAAAAAAACAGACAUUGCCCGGUCUAGAAGACUGCGUGAACGAAGUUACUGAUGAGAGUUUUGGUGAUGCUUUACCGUUUCUUUUUAUUGAGUACUUCAUACAUGCAACAUCAAUAGAUUAUUAAUUCAUUUGUAGUAGUAAGAGCAUGAAUAUGUUACUAGAAACUAACAAGCAAAUUUAGAAAUUAAUUAUGUUUUCUGGAUUCAGAUUUUUUACAUUUUUAACAUUUAAACAUUUUUUACACUAUAACAAAGCUUUAUAUUUAAUAACAGUUCUUAAAGGGAGACUAUAGUCAAGAGAAAUACUAAAACGUAAUGUAGUGGUUCUGGUGUCUAGAGUCUGUCCCUGCAGGCUUUUCAAUGCAAACACUGCCUUUUAAGGGAAAACUGCAGGCUAGUAACACCUCUAAUGGCAGUCACUCAGACAGCUACUAGAGUUGCUUCCUAUCUCAGUGCUGCGCAGUGUGCAGCUUCUACAUUCAGUGUCUCCGCUCUGCAUGGAAGCACUGAGCGUUCACCAUAGAGAUGCACUGAUUCAAUGCAACUCUAUGAGAAGAUGCUGAUUGGUGUUGCAUUUUGCCACUCAUGCACAAUAGCCUCCAAACAUGUUUUAGUUUGAAAGCAUUGGAUUGGCUUUGAACAUCAAGACUGAUUAUCUGGAGGCGGGGCCAUCGGAGAAAAGAGUGAGUAAAAACAAUUACCAUGUGAUCAGAGGGGAGCCCAUCACCUAAGCAGACACACACACACAGACAGCAACAUACACAUACUCACUGGCAGACACACUCACAAAUUAUUUGUUUUAAUUAAAUUUAAGUCCACCCAGCUUCCCUACUUUGGGAGAUCUGGAGUUGAUCUGCUUUCCCUGGGGUCCAGUGGGGAUUCUUUUCCUGGGGUCCAGUGGGGAUUCUUUCCCUGGGGUCCAGUGGGGCUGCUGUUAUCUUCACGCUCUUAUUGCUCUGCUCACUAGUACACCUUCAGUGAUGCAGAGGCCAGAGUGAUGUUAUACCCAGGCACCCAGUAUCAAAGCCGUGCACGCAAAGGAGCAGAGCAACCUGCAUUCCUGACGGCCACCCGUCCAAUUCUCCCAGAGCCGCCCGCAUCAGAGAGAACAGGCUGAUAUAUACCCAGGCGCCAGGACAAAAUUCCUAGACGCCGUGAUGACCAGGGACUUGUCGAGCCCUGUUUUAAACCUCAAUAGCCAAACUAAGAACAUGACUUACUGGAAUUCUUCCUAUUCCAUUAUUUUGGCUUAAUAUUUGCAAUUCAAUUUGAAUUUCCAACGAUUCACACUCACGUUGGUCUAUUUUAGACCGAAUUUUGCUAUUUUUGAAUUAACCACAAUCUGGAGUUUAGUGAAUUUAAAAAUUGCCUUGAAGUGAAGAAUGUUGCAUUAGUGCUGCCUGGACAUCAUUGUGAGCAGAUGUUAAUUAGAAUUUUUAAAAAAAUUAACUAAAUAGAAAAUAGCUAGCGCAUGCAGAGUUAAUGUAAUCUUGUCUUAGCUGUGCAGUGUAUUCGCUCUCCAAAAAUAGCCCAUGCCACCCUGGCAUUAACCUACUACUGACAUCGACUUAAUUUGGCCUGGAGGCAUUCCACUGCAAACUCGCAUCAACUAGAUAGCCUGGAUUAGCGCAUAUGGAUGAUGUCUGAUAAUUAGUUCUGUGUCCUUGACAUGCUUCCAAUUCAGAUCAAUGACUCUCACAUUUUCCAUAGGAGUUUCAUUAUAUAAACAAAAAGCUGUUAUAGUUUUCCAAAGUAAUUACAUUCAUGUAGGAAUUCAGCCCACUGCUCCAAUGCUAGGUCUCUCAACCGGCCAAGUAUAGCCGCAGAAAUUUGAAGUACCCUUUUCUGAUAUUUUUUGUUCUUGUAAUCAAAAUCCAAAAGACACGAACAGUAGUCAGAAAGGAAAGUCUCUAAUUCACACCAUCUUUCAUGACAAUAUUUCGAAAUCUUUUGUAACAAGAAUCUCUGUAAUAUGAUGCUGAAAGGAACACUAUAGGCACCCAGACAACUUCAUCUCAAUGAAGUGGUGUGGAUGCCAUGGCCCCCCCACCUCUAACCCAAUUUAACCCUGCAGAUGAAAAUUUGGAAUGGCAAUAUUUUUUCAUUGCAGGGUUAACUUGCAUCUAGUGGCUGUCACCCUGCCACUAGAGGUGCUUCAGUGAAAUAGCAGAGUAAAAAUCUUCUAAUUUAAUCAGAUGGUCUCAGAGAGACCACCUGAUUGGGGCAGCGCUGCAUUUUGCUGCACAUGUGCACUAGCCAUUCAAAGUGUGGGAAGGGCUAUAAGGGGAGGCUUUGCAAAGACUGCAUUUGUACCCAUGUGAAAAAAAAAUACAUAAUUAAAUGCAUGCAGUUUUCAAUGGAUGUAUCUAUACACUAAACUGCAAUUUAUUUGUUUUUGUGUUUGGGCAGUAGGUUUUCCCUUUACAGGUAAAAGAAAUAUAUAUAAUACCUCAGAAAAUUACAUCAUUUGCUGUAAUCCAGCAACUUCUCCAGAAACCAAGUUGCUAUUUUCAGGCAAUCCUUACCCUGCUGUUAAUUUUCCACUGGAGUGCUUGACAUAUCCCAGGCCCACUAGGCCCAAGCAAAAUCACUCAUAAAAAUACAUGAAUGAAUUACAAAGUUUUUUUUUUUUAAGGCCAAUGAUGUUCCUUCAAUGAAGCGGUUUGUGGCCAGACAUUUAAUUGUUACCAUGGUACCAAAAAAAAAAAAUGGGCAGAGAAAAUUUGCUUCCCCAUGACAUCUUCAGGUGGAGAGACCGGUCCUCACAAAGUAACUACCAAACAUCAUGGGCCACUGACCAGUUUCAGUAUAGAAUCAUUAGAAAUGAUUAAUUUACACAUGAAGUCAAGAAGAAGCAAAUAAGUACCUGUACCUCUUGAAAGUUACACAGAGAGAGCUUUGGAGUACAUUCAAAGAAUGUCAACUGGUCAGAAAGGAGAAAGACAUGACCCUUAAAUGAAAGGCCUAUAUUAUUGGAAUUCGUAACGCUACGUUGAAAUUCCAGUGAACUUAUUACAAUGAGGUAUAUGUAAUCAAUAACGAUUGAUAGAAGAUGUAAUAAGCCCAGGGGGUCGCUGUAGCAGAGCUGUUUGCCAUGAGUGUUGGCAUUAACUGGGUGCAAUGGAACAUUCUUCUGUUACAUCGCUUUCUGCUGGAAAUCAUUAAACUAGGGGUCACUAAAGGAACUCAAAUUUCAUGUACUAUAUCCACAAAUAGAAGGAAUACUAUUUCAAUUGCUUUCAAUAAAUUAUUACAAAUCAGGUUUUACAGCAGUGGAAACAACUGAUGGUGCUCAUGAUGUUGGGAAUGUUAUCCCUCGUGUACAAUGCAUUCUUCAAUCUAACCACUCCUGUUGGCAGAACAGGACAGGCACAGCAGUUAAUGGUUCUACAUCAGCACUGGAACAGGCGGCUGGAUACCUGAGCAGUACCUGUAUGGUGUCCAGUUUGUCUUUUGAAAACCAGCCAGGAAAACUGGGCGGGUGAUAACAUCACACACAGUGGCGUACUAAGGGGGGGCGGUCCGCCCCGGGUGCCAGCCGGGUGGGGGGUGCCAUGGCCAGCCCAUAUGCUGCAGCUUUUCUGUAUAGAGCCUCCAGGCGGCUGCAGCUUUGCCAGGGCGGUGCGUCCAUGAGGACGUCGAGGUUUCUCCUGUCGGGUUGGACCGGCCGCUUGUCGGCUGGGGACCUGAGGCCAGGCCUGAGGGAGAGGCUGACAGGUGGGAGCGCUCCUGUCAGCUCCCUCACUGCAGCAUGGUCCGCGGGCAAGAGCAGCCUCGAGUAGAAGGACUAACAGGAAGUGCACACUGAGUGCACUUCCUGUUAGUCCGGCCGGGUACAGGAAACAAAAGCUCCCUGUACCCGCCGGCUAUACUGGGAUCGGCCACGCCACAGGGAGGUGGGGGUGAGAAAGAAAUAAGGGGGUGAGAGAGGGGUGAGAAAAUAAAUAAGUGGGGUGAGAAAGAAAUAAGGGGGUGAGAGAGAAAUAAGGGGUGAGAGGGGUGAGAAAGAAAUAAGGGGGUGAGAGGGGUGAGAAAAGAAAUAAGGGGGGUGAGAAAAUAAAUAUGGGGUGAGAGAGGGGUGAGAAAAGAAAUAAGGGGUGAGAGAGAAUAAGGGGGUGAGAAAGAGAAAUAAGGGGUGAGAAAGAGAAAUAGGGGGUGGGAGAGAGAAAUAUGGGGUGAGAGAGAACAUGGGGUGGGUGAGAAAGAGAAAAGGGGGGUGAGAGAAAAUAGGAGGGGGGUGAGAAAGAGAGAAAUAAGGGGGGUGAGAAAGAGAAAUAAGGGGGGGGGGGGUGAGAGAAAAUAGGAGGGGGGGUGAGAAAGAUAAAUAAGGGGGGGUGAGAAAGAGAAAUAAGGGGGGGUGAGAAAGAGAAAAGGGGGGUGGGUGAGAAAGAGAAAUUGGGAGGAGGAGAAGGAAAUUGGAGCGGGAGGAGAGAUUGACAUUCAUCACAUACACACAAUGCACCCCUUGCACACAGAAAAACACACAGACACACAUACACAAGCAAUGCAACCGUUACACACAAUGCAUCCCUUACACACACAGAAACACACAAUGCAUUCAUUACACACACUCAAUGCACCCCUUACACACAUUCAAUGCAUCCCAUACAUACACAGAAACACACCUUGCAGUCCUUACACAUACAAACACAAUUUCACACAAUGCAUUCCUUACACACAUAUCAGGACAUCCCCUACACACUCCACCCCCUGUGAACAAACUCAUUGGUGGAACAUGAAGGUGGACCCUGGGACCCAGACCUUGAGCUGUGUAAAGGACCCCCAAAAAUGGAGCUGCUUCCCGUUCUCCCAGAACAUUGAUUUUUGUGACCACAGUUACAAACCGCCUCCAGAGAGCCUGUUCUGCACCAGACCAGUGGAGCCAGACUGCAGCUAGAGCCCAUCAUCAUCCUCAUCUGGUUGUAAGUAGGCAAUCUAGUAUAUUAUUCGUGGCACUAAGCUCUAAUUUACCUCACAUUAAAGAAACACUAUAGUCCCCAGAACCACUUCAGCUUAAUGUAGUGGUUCUGGUGUCUAUAGCCUGUCCCUGCAGGCCUUUUAAUGUAAACACGGCGGCACUGCAGCACUGGCGUUAGUUAACAUGGCAAAUCAUAUGGUUGGGGCAUUGUCAUGUCACAUGGGGGGCGGCAAACUUUACUUUUGCCUAGGGCGGCAAAAAUCCUUGUACCGGCCCUGGCUGGAGGGGGCUGUGUGAGCUGUGGCCGCACAGUGUCCCAUGGUAGUUAGGGUGCCGUGCGGCCAGUACAGCUCACUCAAGCAAACAGCUGAUUAACUGGCCGCACGGAGGAAAUGUGUAUGUGGGACUGUCUGUCUGUAACUGAGUGUGUGACUGUCUGUCUGUAACUGAGUGUGUGACUGUCUGCCUGUAAAUGUGUGUGUAGGGCUGCAGGGAUUUUGUAGAAGGGGGUGGGGGUUUUGUAUUGGGACAGGAGUCUUUAUAAGGGGGGAUAAGCAGGGGAUUUGUGGAAGGGGGUUGCGGGGGUUUUGUAGAUGGGGCAGUACAGGAUUUGUAGAAGGGGCAGGACAGAGGUUUUGUAGGAGGGGCAGGGCAGGACAAGGGUUUUGUAGGAGGGGCUGACAGCGGUUUUGCAAAGUUUACAAAUUGUAAAAAUAAAAGAAAUAAAACCUUUAACAUUUUUUACAGGUUUUUUGGGGGGGGGGGGGGGUGCCAAGCACAGGAUCCGCCCCGGGUGCCAAAUGCUCUAGGUACGCCCCUGAUCACACAUAUUGGAAAGGUUUUGUGAAAUAGUUUUGAGGAACUCUUACUUUUUGUGAUUUUAAUACUUUUUCCCCCCAUCUUUUAUCUAUCAACCUAGGAGAAGAGUUUGUAACAUUGACUCUUUCCAAUGAUAAUGACCAAUGUAUCAGGUUCCCCACAUAUGAACAUGCAACAUCUGAAGGCCUUGCUAACAGAUUCCAAAACGUGAAAUUAGAACAGACUUCUGAGCUAAUGCUUACCAACCGCUUUAUUUUGUCCUGCAUGAACCACCUUGUUUGUGUCACGCAGUGUCCAAUAAAUGCUUCUCCUAGGACCAAGAGAAACACUGAUUGGCAAUCAGCUGAAAGCUGGGCAGGGAGCAAACCAAGUAUGAUAGAUGAUCAAGUAUGGUCCGUGUGAGUGAAAAGGCCAUACUUCACCAUCAGCAUACUGCGAAUAUGUACAAAUGUUGUACAACACAGACAUAGCCAGGCUGAAAACAUGUUCUGAGCUGGAUAAUGCUAGCUAUUAAAAGUAAAGUUACCCAAGCAGACACUUUGAAAUAUCUUUAUAUUCGGACGUUUUCAGGACAAAACACUGUGCUCAGAGACCAAACACCAUAACCACUUCAACAAGCAGACAUAUUUAUGGUGCUUAUAAGAAGUGCAUAGACUUGCUUCAGUGAAUCAAUAUAUUAUUUCGUAAACUGAUUAUCACACAACCCAACAGUAAAAAACAAAAAAACAACAUGAACUAUGGACUAUACUAUCAAUUUUCCUUCAAAAUAUUGCAAUAGUUUUACAUGUACAUAUUGCACAUGACUAUCACAAUGUGACAAGCAAUUUAAAACUCCUGAUACCCCACGAGGCCAUGAUUGCAGUGUGAGAGCAGCCAUUAGCACUCACAGCGCCGGUGGAAGGAUGAAUGUGCAUUGCAUUACGGGAAGACGUGCAGCAAGCAUGCAUGCUUGAGACAUCAUGAAAAAAUGUCAGCAACAGUCUCUGGAUACAGACUUGUCAGCCACUCAAAGACAUUUAUGACAGCUGCUCUCCAUUUUGAGAUUAAUCCCUUGAGAAAUUCCAAUUAUGCCAUUUAAAAAAAAAAAUGGUGGGGGGGCAUUUAAACUGCAGGGUUCCAUUGGUUCUAAACACACAUCCUAAAAAUGUGUUAAUAUAAUUUAUAACAAGACAGUAGUUAUGCAACUAAUGCAUGCACAGGUUUAUGAAUAAAAACAAUUAUUAGCAAUAAUUAGCAUGAGUAUUGCACAACCUACGAUGAUAAUGAACAACCGGUACGCACUCACGAUGAUCACACAAGACUACAUUAAAAUCGAUGCUUCAAUAUAAAAUAUUUAUCCACAUAAAAGGCAGUAUGGCCAUCUUAUUUAUGUAUUCAUUAUGAUAAUUAGAAGAGACUGCCUGAAAAAAAAUCCAUACGUGCUACUAUAUUACAAUAUCAAUGUAACGGGGUCAGGAGUUGGAAUGACACAAGGCCCUGCAUAUUAAAACAUUGGACAGCACUUAAAUAAGCUUGUUUGAGCAGGGUCCUCAUCUAUUUAUUGUUCCUGUGUCACGGUGUAAUUGUCUUAUUUAUUGUAAAUAAACCCCUUUCAUAAUAUUGUAAAGCACUGCGGAAUUAGUUGGCGCUAUAUAAUACCAAUAAUAAUAAUACAAACAAGGCCUUAAACCAAAUGGGUAAUUAUACACUGAUCGCAAAUACUGCGCACUCUAUAUAGAACAGUUAAUAGGAAUGAUGGACACACUUAACUGUAAAUAUAAGAUAAGGAUCUGUAAAUGGACAAUAGAAUUGCUUUACUUUGUAAAGUCAAUUUAGAAAUAACUAGAGUCUGGCUCGGCAGUUUACAGCUCGCCUGACUCAAUUCCUGUGUGGGAUCAGAAACCAGGCUCCUGUCCAAAUAGUAGCAUAGAAGACCUGUUCCAUUGUGUGAGGAGAAAGUCUGAUAACACAUUGUUCCAUUAAACCCUCUUCUUUUAUAGCCCUGCGGAGAACGGAUGUGGGAAAUCCGAUUAGGUCAGAAUUUUGCUUGGUCAAUCCCUGGUUGCAAGAGGCUUGCAGGGCAAGUGUUGCUAAUUUCCCAGACAAACACGGCACUGAAAACUAUUUGAGAAGUAUAUACUAUAUUCCACUAAGGCAGAGAAGGGGUUACGUUUAUUAUAUGAGCGGAAUCACAUGAAAAGCUUCACCCUUCAGUCGUGGGGGUCGGGUUGUGAAAGGGUUAAUGGAAAAGCAGAAUCAUUCCUGUGAGAAGCGAAUGUAAGAGUCUGGAAAUGGAAGUCUCAUGAGGGAGGGGGGACUGGUGGGAGGGAAACGGAGAAAGAAGGGGGGGACGAGAAUAAAAAAAGGAUGUGGGGAAAAAAAAGAGAAGCCGACAAAUAAAACGAGAGUGAAUGGGCUGAAAAAAAAAUAGAUAAAAAGAUAUUUUUAGACACUGCAAAAGUGACAACAAAGAGAGCCAAAGCACACGCUGUUCAGGCAGUAAUGCUGUGAUGGAGCUCUGUCUAGCUGCAUGAUUAACGAUGAAAUUAUAAUACCAUGUGAUGUUUCCUAAAACAGGAUAUGUCAACAUUAGUAAGCAUGAGACUGACACACUGUAUGGCUGAAUCAUUUUUCAAUGGCCAUUGCUCUCACACUCACAUUUUCCAAGUCCCCUCCCAAGAUGGUCACUAAUUCCUAAUCUGUUUGUCAUUUGCACAGUCUGGCUUCCAGGAUCACAUUAUAAGCAUUACUGCUUCAAUCACUUACUUCAGACCAGAGAUGGCUAAAACUAUGGCACCCCAGUUCUUGUAAUCUAGGAAUGUCAUGAUGCUCUGCAAACUAGCAAAUGUUGUACUCAUUCACAAGAAAGGUAGUAGGGAGGAGUCUGGCAACUAUAGGCCAGUAAGCUUACUUCAGUAGUGGGGAAAGUGAUGGAAACCAUGUUAAAGGAUAGGAUUGCUGAACAUCUAAAAAUCACAUGGAUUUCAAGAUCAGAGACAACAUGGGUUUACUUCAGGGAGAUCAUGCCAAACUAAUCUUAUUGAUUUUUUUUGAUUGGGUAACUAAAAUAAUAGAUCAGGGUGAUGCAGUAGACAUUGCUUACCUAGAUUUCAGUAAGGCUUUUGACACUGUUGCACAUAGAAGGCUCAUCAAUAAACUGCAAUCUUUAAGUUUGGAUUCUAAUAUUGUUGAAUGGGUAAGGCAGUGGCUAAAUGACAGGCAACAGAGGGUUAAUGUCAAUGGAGUAUAUUCAAAGCAAGGUCUAGUUACCAGUGGGGUACCUCAGGGAUCUGUAAUUGGACCCAUUCCUUUUAAUAUUUUAUUAGUGAUAUUGCAGAAGGUCUUGAUGGUAAGGUAUGUCUUUUUGCUGAUGAUACUAAGAUAUAUAACAGGGUUGAUGUUCCAGAAGGGAUAAGCCAAAUGGCAAAUUAUUUAGGUAAACUAGAAAAAUGGUCAGAGCUGUGGCAACUGACAUUUAAAGGACCACUAUAGUGCCAGGAAAACAUACUCGUUUUCCUGGCACUAUAGGGUCUCUAGGUUCCCCCCCCCACCCUUAGGGUCCCCCUCCCACCAGGCUCUAGGGGUAGGAAGGGGUUAAAUCACGUACCUUUCUCCAACACCAGGCUCCCUCGGCGGUGGGGACUCUCCGCCUCCUUUCCCCGUCAUCGGGUGAAUGCGUAUGCGCAGUAAGAGCCGUGCGCGCAUUCAGCCAGUCCAUAGGAAAGCAUUCUCAAUGCUUUCCUAUGGACGCAAGCUCCUUCUCACUGUGAAAAUCACCAUGAGAAGCGCGGAAGCGCCUCUAGCGGCUGUCAAUGAGACAGCCACUAGAGGCUGGAUUAACCCUAAGGUAAACAUAGCAGUUUCUCUGAAACUGCUAUGUUUACAGCAGAAAGGGUUAAUCCUAGAUGGACCAGGCACCCAGACCACUUCAUUAAGCUGAAGUGGUCUGGGUGCCUAUAGUGGUCCUUUAAUGUGGAUAAGUGCAAGAUAAUGCAUCUUGGACGUAAAAACCCAAGGGCAGAGUAUAGGAUAUUUGAUACCCUACUAACCUCAACAUCUGAGGAAAGGGAUUUAGGAGUAAUUAUUUCAGAUGACUUAAAGGUAGGAAGACUCUUGUAAUAGAGCAGCAGGAAAUGCCAGCGGAAUACUUGGUUGUAUAGGGAGAGGUAUUAGCAGUAGAAAGAGGGAAGUGCUCAUGCCAUUGUAGGGAACACUGGUGAGACCUCACUUGGAGUAUUGUACGCAGUACUGGAGACCGUAUCUUCAGAAGGAUAUUGAUACUCUAGAAAUUGUUCAGAGAAGGGCUACUAAGCUGGUUCAUGGAUUGCAGGAUAAAAAACUUACAAGGAAAGACAAGACAGGUGGGAUAUGAUAGAAACAUUUAAAUACAUAAAGGGAAUCAACACAGUAAAGGAGACUAUAUUUAAAAGAAGAAAAACUACCACAACAAGAGGACAUAGUCUUAAAGGACCACUAUAGUGCCAGGAAAACAUACUCGUUUUCCUGGCACUAUAGUGCCCUGAGGGUGCCCCCACCCUCAGGGACCCCUCCCGCCGGGCUCUGGAGAGAGGAAGGGGUUAAACACUUACCUUUCUCCAGCGCCGGGCGGGGAGCUGUACUCCUCCUCUCCUCCUUGCUCGCGACGUCAUCGGCUGAAUGCGCGGCAGGAGCCGCGCGCGCAUUCAGCCGGUCGCAUAGGAAAGCAUUUACAAAGCAUUUACGUGCUCUCACUGUGAUUUUCUCUGAAACUGCUAUGUUUAUAAAAAAAAGGGUUAAUCCUAGAGGUACCUGGCACCCAGACCACUUCAUUAAGCUGAAGUGGUCUGGGUGCCUAGAGUGGUCCUUUAAAUUAGAGGGGCAAAGGUUUAAAAAUAUCAGGAAGUAUUAUUCUACUGAGAGGAUAGUGGAUACAUGGAAUAGCCUUCCAGCGGAAGUGGUAGAGGUUAACACAGUGAGGGAGUUUAAGCAUGUGUGGGAUAUGCAUAAGGCUAUCCUAGACUUAAGAUAAGGCCAGGGACUAAUUAAAAUUAUUUUAAAAUAUUGGCCAGACUAAUUGGGACGAAUGGUUCUUAUCUGCUGUCACAUUCUAUGUUUCUAUUGACUAGGAGUGGCAAAUCUAGGCUCUCUCCAGCACCCAGGGACCACCAGUUCCUUAGAAAGGUGUAUACCAUUCCCACAAAGUUUUUUCAAGAGAAAGCCCUUUCCUCAUUGAAGUCCCAGACUUUGCCGGAGGACGAAAUGUGGGUUCAAAAUGGUCAUAAGUGGUUUAACCGCCAGGCACCAUAACAACUUCACUGAAAUAACAUUUUAGGGUGACUGGAGUCUUCCUUUAUUAGAGUGGGAAUUACAUUUCUGCAUUAUUAUUAAGGCGUCACUGUUUGUGACAUCGCCGGUUCCGGUGGCUGCUAUGAGUAAGAUUUACUUACCUGAACGAUGUCCGCCAUGGGCACACCCAUCUUGCUCGGCCUGCGCCGAGAUCCCUCCUGUACUCAGCAAUGAGCUCUAUGGAGAAUCCUGGAGAACGCAGGAUUCUCAAGACAGAGCCAGUUCCCUGCAGCCAUCACUGGUGACGGCUGUCAGGAUUGAUACUUAGACUUCAACCACAGCCUAAGAAAGUCUGGCGAAGGUGAAAUACAAAGACAAAAUAGUCCCUACUUUGUUUAUGGAAUUGCCGCCAUAAAGGUAGCUUUACCAACCAAUACAUUCCUAAACAUUUUGACAAAGAAUCACGGGCCAGUGCCCAGAUGCUUUUGACAACAUAACCACUAAACUGAGAUUUAAUAGUUAUGCAGCUUACAGUGUCCCUUUAAACUUCAGUGAUUGCAAACCUACAACUGCAGAAGCCACAUUGUGGCCACCACUGAUCUAUUGCUCUAAUUAUCUAUUACAAUCUGGGUGCCAGAAAACCAAUCAAUACGUAUUCCACAACAGCUGGAGUGCUGAACAGCAUUGAUUACUACAGAGCGUGUGCCAGCGAAGUGGAAUGACUUCUAGAUCCCUUUUCCCAUUACCCAUGGUUUGCCCAGGGGCGUAUUAGCCGCGAGGCAAACAAGGCAUUUGCCUUGGGCGGCAUUUUUCAGGGGGCGGCAAAAAACGCCGCCCCCCAAAUGCCCAGGGCAGAUGCCUAGUUAGCCUUGCGGCUAACUGACAUCCCGGGCGGGCUGGGUGGCGCUGGCAGGCGGGCGGCUGGCGAGGGAGCACCUCCUCUGAGCGGUCUGCUCAGCUCCCUCGCGCGCCGCAGAGUGAGGCUGGGAGCCGGAACAUGACAUCAUCUUCCGGCUCCCAGCCUCACUCUGCAGCCGGCGCGCGAGGGAGCUAAGCAGACAGCUCAUAGGAAGAGCUCCCUCGCCAGCCGCCCAGCCCGACCGGCAGCCACUGGACCACCAGGGAGAGAGAGACCUCCCCCCCCAGCACUCCCAAAGGUAAGGAGGUUGGGGGGGGGAUUUAAAUUAAAAAAAAAAAUUAAUGUGUGUGUGUGUGUGUCUGUGUCUUACUGUGUGUGUGUGUCUGUGUCUGACUGUGUGUGUCUGACUGUGUUUGUGAGUGUGUGUGUCUGACUGUGUUUGUGUGUGUGUUUGUGUCUGACUGUGUUUGUGUGUGUGUAUGUGUCUGUGUGUGUUUGUGUCUGACUGUGUUUGAGUGUGUGUGUGUGUCUGACUGUGUUUGUGAGUGUGUGUGUGUCUGUAUGUGUGUGUUUGUGUCUGACUGUGUUUGUGUCUGUGUCUGACUGUGUGUGUGUGUAUUUAGAAGGUGGGGCGGGGGGAAGGGUUGGGUGGGGGUGGCGCGGGGUGAGGGGGGCGUCUGAGUUUUGUCCUGCAUAGGGCAGCACAAAACCAGGAUACACCACUGGGUUUGCCUCCAGUGCAAUCACACCCUUAUUACUGGCAUUUAUAGAGCGCCAACAAAUUCCACAGCGUUGUACAAUUGGGAAAUAGACAAACACAAUAAUAACAAACCGAUACAUCAGGUAGAGGACCCUGCCCGUGAGUUUACAAUCUAAAGGUGGACUCAAUGCUGCCCAGUCUGUCGCUCUCCCAGAUGGGCAGCAUUGAGUCCCAGUGUAGGGGUCCCAUGCCCACCAUAUCUCCCUGAGUACACAGCACAUGGUCAGUGCAUGAAAAGGGCUGCCCUGCAGUAUACAGAAUUCACUCAAUGCAAUAAUUAAUACCCACCAUGUCUCCCUGAGUACACAGCACAUGGUCAGUGCAUGAAAAGGGCUGCCCAGCAGUAUACAGAAUUCACUCACUGCAAUAAUACCCACCAUGUCUCCCUGAGUACACAGCACAUGGUCAGUGCAUGAAAAGGGCUGCCCAGCAGUAUACAGAAUUCACUCACUGCAAUAAUUAAUACCCACCAUGUCUCCCUGAGUACACAGCACAUGGUCAGUGCAUGAAAAGGGCUGCCCUGCAGUAUACAGAAUUCACUCACUGCAAUAAUGACAUAUACUAAGCAGGAGCUCCUAUUUAUAACUGGCUUCCCUCCUGCAGCAUGUGAAUGCUACAUACAGUAACAUGGCAGUUCUUUUCAUGAUGUAUAAAUAAAUAAAUAAAUGUGGGAGGGAAGGACUAGCUGCCAGAAAGCCAUGGCAGCCCUAUGGCAGUCAGUGAUUGCUGUCAGUAAUGGCUCUGUCACUCACAGGGGGGGAGGGGGGGAAUGUCCUGCCUCCAUUGAUUUAUUAAUUUGCCCCCUCCCCCCAGUGUCACGUGACCAGCCUGAUACCUUGCUGCACAGCAGAACGCGCUACCUGAUGUCACGUGACGCGAUCUCUCCAGAGAAGACCACACGGCCGCCGCCUUCCUGCUCUCACAGGUCCCCGCAGGCUCCCCUAGAAAAAACAGCCAAUCACAGGCUUCGGGGCUCCCUGAACAUCAAAUCGAGGCUUGGAACCCGCCGCAGCCAAUAAGGUCCUCAGUUCUCUCUCUCUCUCUCUCCACUGAGACACGCCCACUCUUGAAACUUCAACUCCCGAGAGCCUCCUCGAGAUUCACGCAGCGAACAUAUAGUCCUUAUUGCGGACGCUCACACCGUGACCCAUUCACUGACACUGAGUUACGGGGCUGUGCUAUCACCCCGAGUGAGGAGAGCGGCGGAGGGAUCCGCUCUGUGAGGAGGCCCUGAGCGGAUGCUGCUCUCUCAUUGGUCGCUUAGGAUCCAGAGCUGAGGAGGAGGAAGAGGAGGAGGAAGAAGAGCGGGCUGCUGGUAACAAUAACACUGAGUGAUUAUAAUGAUGAUUUAAUCCGUGUAUAAUAGGGAUUGUUAUUUUAAUCUGUGCAAUGGGCACCCUCUAAUAAACCCAGAAUAUUGCUGGCAGGGGGGGUGGGCAGACACACAGGGCUUGGCUGAUGGUACAUGUUAGAGUGUAAGCUCCUCUGGCCAGGGCCCUCUCCCCCUAAUGUUCCUGUAUGCCAAUCAUCACGUUUUGUUAGAAUUUAUUGUUUUUGGUUUUGUUUACCUAUUGUACAGCGCUGCGGAAUAUGUUGUAGCUAUACAAAUUCAUUGUAUUAACUGCUGGGCUAAGAGUAAGGCUGCUCGUUCUAAUCCGCUAUGUUUACACGAACACGUUACGAAAAAUCUGUACGAACGUCGAUUUCAUUUGUUGUUGGGAACUAUCCAGAAAUCACUGUCUUGGUUGAAAGAAUAAGUCAAAUUUCUUCUUGAGUGAUUGAUAUAUAUAUAUAUAUAUAUAUAUAUAUAUAUAUAUAUACAUACAUACAUACAUACAUACAUUACGCACCACAAAAGUUAAACCACUGAUGGGUGAAGUGAAUAACAUUAUUAUAUUAUUUAUAUUAUGAUUAUGUUGUUACAAUAGCACCUGUCAGGGGGAGGGUGAUGAUAGGCAGCAAGUGAACAGUUAUUGAUUUUCAUGUGUUGGAAGCUAAAAGAUCUGAGUGACUUUGCCAAGGGCCAAAUAGUGAUGUCUAGACAACUGGGUCAGAGCAUCUCUAAAACAGUCUUGUGGGAUAUUUCCAGUAUGCAGUGGUUAGUACCUACAAAAAGUGGUACAAGGAAGGAGAACCCGUAAGCCGCCAUCAGUGUCAUGGGCGCCCAAGGCUCAUAGAUACACGUGGGAAACUAGCCCAGAAUAGCUACAGUAGCUCAAAUUGCUGAAAAAACCUUCAUGCUGUCUAUGAUAGAAAGGUGUCAGAAAACACUACCUGAGUUGAGUAGCUGCAGACCGUUCAGAGUGCUUUUGAUGACCCCUGUCCACCCCUGCUGCUAUUGUCUUGGUGCCAGAUAACACAAGACUUGUUCAGAUAUCUUGUGGAGUCCAUGCAUCAGAGCUGAAAUGGCAGCACAAGGGAGACAUACAUGAUCGAUAUAUCCAUUAGUUAAUAAAAUGUUAAAACAAAAAUCUGCACACCAGUCAAGCCAUAAGACUUGCUUUUCCCACAGAAAUCAUAAAUCUGCAGUGAUGUUACUACCGCAAAGGAUUCUGGGUGGGCAUAUGCAAAUUAGUUUAACAAAGAAUCACAUGUUUGCCUCAUUCAAUUUUUUUAAACAUGGAUUCCUUUUGGUGAACUUGACAAUCCUAGUCACUGCUUACAGUAAAAACUGUUCACAUAUCAGGAACUGCAGAACUUUAAAUAAUCUACUGAAGGGGUUACAGAAUCUGUUUCGUAUAUAUUUAGAUUGCAAUGCAAGAAUGGAUUACAGAAUAAUUUUUUGCAAUUUGAGAAUGUAUCAACAAGUCUUGUAUGUGCUUUGGGUCCUUGUAUAGAAAACCACUGGACUGCUAUAGCACAUUCUUUGAAGUGUACCUUGAUUGACACCAGUUGGUUUUUAGUGACAGUAAGUUAAAUCAAUACUGUUUGCUGUUUAAAGAUAUUGGCCCUUGCCUCGCCUGUCACUGAGUUCUUUACUGGGUGAUAUGCAUUAAACAUCACUGUCAUUUUAUGAGAAUUGAUUGACAGGUAGGAGCAGGAGACCAUCCCUAAGACAGUUCUGUUACAGAAACUACAGGGCAUGGUUGUAGUUGUUCUAAUUAUUCAUUUGUCAAGAGUGUCUCACUCUUUUCUAGAGAAAUACGGGGACACUUUUUUAUAUCAUUACAGUCAGAUGAUAAUAUGCCGGCAAAGAAAGUAUGUUAAUCCUGGGAGGUAGGUGUGCAUGCUUGGGAAAAUGGAGUUAGGAAGGAAUAGAGGUGGGUGUUAAAUUAGUGUUAACAAUUAAUCUGGGUGAUGAUAGUGCUGCACAGUUGCAAAUGUUUAGUUACUACCUCGUAGAACUUAUACAUAUAUUAUCUACUUGGUACAUUAUGUAUUCUUUGCUUAAGGUUAUGUCGGCACUUACAUAUAAAUGUGUAGCAGUCUUUGCACCAUAACCACUACUGACAGAUGCAGUGUUUAUGGUGCUUUCAAGCUAUUAUGUGAAUUAUGGAUUGAUCUUUUCAAUUCCCAGUUUCCCAUAUUACAGUAGGUAUAAAAUUACGUUAUGAGGGCACUUUGGAAGUGCCCUCAGCUACCAAUAAUUAAAAUGUUGGCACUCAUGCAAAAGAGUGGGAGACCCAAAAGAGGGACCGUCAGGACUGGUUAGGCCGACCCCCGCAUAACUUUAUGCCUUCUAUUGCUCUGCGUUGGAAAGCUAAGAGAGACUGUAGGAGGAAUAUGUGGUCAAUCAGUGUCCAGUUCCCUCCACUUUUUGGAAAUGUCAAGACAGGCAACCACUGUAUUGUCGAGGUGCACGUGUAGACCUAUAAUUUGCUGCUUUUACUCCAUAAUAGACAUGCUAAACAAGAAUUGUGGUGCCACAAGUUGGGGAAAUAUAGUUAGGCUUAACUGUCUGUUUACUUUACCAUAGGUAUUUCAUUUAUCACUGAAUUCUAUUUCGCAACACAAAAUGAUUCAAUAUUUAGUCUCUACCAUGGCAGCACCUCUUAACGAUGUGAUAUAGCCUUAUUUGAAAAUAUUCAAUUGGGAUUGAACUGUCAUCACCAUGGUUCUGUAUAUCAAUAGCAUAUUCUCUGCUACUAAAUGAUGUCCUGGACUGCAAGGAAAUGGCACAAAACAAAAAAACCUCUCAAUUUUUCAAAUUAAAGAUUCAUGGGAAAUUUUUUUUUUUUUUUUUUUUUUUUUAAAGGUGCUGAUGCACUUCCUUAAAUCCUCAUUUUAUCUGCUGUCAUUGAGACCGCAUUGUUUAUUGGGAGUGUUCACUUCCAUUCUGGAAGUCUGUUUAUUUAGUUUUGGCAAAAUAUAUAGAUCUCAUGCUACCAUUUUUGAAACCUGCAGCCAUAAUUUUAAAUUAUCAUUGUCUGUGAUAGGAAUAAAGCUUUAUUAUAGUAGUAUAGGACCUCUGCCGUUGCAAUCUUUCAAACCUUAAUAAUUUUUUAUUUUAUUUUUACUGUACAGUGUACUCCUGAAGACUUGUUUAUUUUCCAAGGAAACCCCACCAGCAGCAGGUGCUUAGUGAAGGCAAGUAUAACCAUACAUAUAACUUUAAUACACCCAGUGGCUGUCCACUAAACGUGUGUGUGUGUGUGUGUGUGUGUGUGUGUGUGUGUGUAUAUAUAAUUAAUUAUAGUGUGUGUGUGUGUGUGUGUGUGUGUGUGUGUGUUUAAAAAAAAAAAAAGAACUGACCAACAGAAGAAACUGUACUAGUAUUUUUGUUUCUAUAUAUAAGUAAACCGACGUUAUGAAAUUAUGUUUCAGUAAUCCUCAGAUGGCCAAUUAAUUGUUGAUUUAUUGCUAUAAUGUUUUAUGAUUCAGACUUAUUUUCUUCUUCUAAACAAACAAGGUAGCACAGAGGGAUAAGUGAGAAUGUCAGGAGAUUUGUCCAUAUGAAUCACAGACAAGUACAACCGUUAUUAAAGCGGAACUCUCACUUCCCGUGAAGUAUCAGUUCCUUUUUACUUUCCUAAAUAAUGCAGGGGAAGGUAAGUAAAAGAACUUGCUUACCUGCUCAGCAUUAAUGCCUUGGAACAGUUUUGCCACAUCAAGUGGUCUCCAGCACAUGUUUAUAAGGGCUUCAAACUUAAGAACGUUUGUAUGCUUGCAUGCACAUUCUGCACGGGUCGUCCCUCUCCUCCCAUAAUUUGAUCACUAUCACAUUACAUGGUCCCAGUUUUCCUUAUCGAUGAGUACCUGUGGCACAAUUAGAGCCGAUGGAAUGAGUUGGAUUUUCACAAGCACCCAUUGUGCAGUUUUUAAAACGUGAUUUAUUUAUUUAUUUAUUUUUUUUUUCUUACUCCGCCUCCUAAAUUCUGCCAGUACUGUAAAAUGACAUCACAACGUUGAACUGUUCCCAAGUUAUUCAGUUUUCUCAGUAGCUGCUCUUCCUCGUCCUUUGAGUGCUGCCCUCUCCACACUUGAUUCCCUUUGCUUAGUAUCAGUUGUGCUCCGAUUCCUGAGCCCUGGCUUGUUUCUAACCAUGCUGCUAUAAUUAAGAUUGGCUUCAAGCUACCAUACAAAUCUAUAAACUAUACUAUAGCCAUCAGUCCUGGCCACUUGGCCUCCCAAAUGUCAUUGUAUUUUUAUCGAUGGUAAACCAAAUGAGAUGAUCAUGCCUUGUCACACUUUUGUGUAGACUUUUCAAAAAGUUUUCCAAACGAUUCAAUACUGUUAGAAAAACUUUUCAAAUAAAUUAACCGUAUUGAGUUUAUUUAACCAAGACCUUUUGUAGGCAGCAGCAUGAGUGUAUGUAUGUGGAAGGAAAAAGGCAUAAGAUGAACAUGUAUACAGAAAGAGGAAAAGCAUGGGUUUAUGUUCUUAAUUACUUUUACAGCAUUGUGUAAGUUGGUAUAUGUUUUCUUGUUUUAUUUAAAUUCGUUUUUGUUAUAACAUGGUAAAUUCUAUUUAUUUUGUUUCCCUGCUAAUCUGAUAUAUCUAUUUUAAUAUCAUUCUGAAGAAAACUAUUUUAGAUUAAGAUGUGACCUGUUCCCUGCUAGUGUGCUCACUAUUGUAAAUGGGCUGUACAAUAGGUAAACAAGACAAACAUUUCUUUCUAAUAACUGAUAAAAUAUGUAUUUUAUCUCUAUCUCUAUAUCUCUCUCUAGAGAGAGGGGUUAGGUGACAUUUCCAAUCAUUUCAUUUUAUUGAGAGGAGCAGACCUGUAAGGUAGCACGAGGUAUGAUAAAAAGGAAAAGUUGAUGGUUAUGUGUACAGAGUCAGGAAGUAUGUUGUGUGAAAUGGAUUUACAUUCAUAAAAUCUUAAUUCCAUAACAGAGCUGACUUUUUUACAUUUUCAAGAAAAUAAUUUUAGUCAUUUCAAAAUGAAGGGGAAAAUCCAAAACAUUUGAUUUAUGUGGUGAUCAUAAUGCCAGCGCCUGGGUUGUACCAUAAGUAAACCUAAUGCCAGCGCCAGGGGUCUUACCAUAAGUAAACAUAAUUCCAGUGCCAGGGGUCGUACCAUAAGUAAACCUAAUGCCAUCGCCAGGGGUCGUACCAUAAGUAAACCUAAUGCCAGCGCCAGGGGUCGUACCAUAAGUAAACAUAAUGCCAGGGGUCGUACCAUAAGUAAACAUAAUUCCAGUGCCAGGGGUCGUACCAUAAGUAAACCUAAUGCCAGCGCCAGUAGUCCUAUCAUAAGUAAACAUAAUGCCAGCGCCAGGGGUCGUACCAUAAGUAAACAUAAUGCCAGCGCCAGUAGUCCUAUCAUAAGUAAACAUAAUUCCAGCGCCGGGGUCGUACCAUAAGAGUCCUAUUUUAAUCAGAAAGUCACUUCAUCUUUACUUUGUGUUAGCCAAAAAAUCACUCUCAUCUGUCUGUGAAAAUUAAAGAAUUCUUUAAAAAAAAAAAAAUCUGUUUGCACUUAUGCUGCACCUAUAGUAAUAUCAAAUAUUCAAUAUAUUCCUUUACUUUUUCGAGUGGGCACGACCUACUUCUUCCUUGUCGAGCAUUGCCAAUAACCAGUAUUUAGUCAUUCAGUUUGUGCAAUCUUAAGAGAGUAAUGAUAAAUAAGUAUUCUGCAGAAAGCUGAGACCAUGUCGGGGGUGCAUUUAAAUGCUCCUCUGACUAGUCACAGGAUUUCUUCCUCUGGUACAGUAAGAGAUAUGGCCUCUGGCUACAGCAGCAGGUACUGUAGAGAAGUGACGAGGGGAUUGCAAAUUUAAAGCCAAAAUAGCUUAAUUUAUAUGAUUCUCGAAUCCCUCUUAUUCCAGAAUAUAUUUUUUUAGCCUAGAAAUUGCAGUUCCCUUGUCAGUGCUCCACAAUUUCUGAUUUAAUCAAUUAAACCCAUAUUAUGUUUAAUAUAAGGGUUUAACUACUUUGUUUUAAUCUCCUAAGUGAGAUGAAACCCUAGUUUAAAAUAAACUAUACUUCAUGCACCUAGCUUGCUGUCCCAAAUUUCUUAGAAUGAUAAAUACUGUGGGUAGGGAUUUCAUUAGUAUUAUAUCUGCUAUCUGUUUUGAUCACACCAUGUAGAAGUCAAAAAGUGCAUCUGCAUUGCUGUGCAUGGUAAAAUAAACUUUUUUAAUAUAGUUGUUUUUUCUUUUAAUUUAACUCAUUACUGGUCAAGUCUGACUAUUCAGUUUUGCAAUUCUUUUAGAGUGUGAGUGAUCACAACAAUGUAAAUAAAAUAGACCUCCCACGGAAAACAUAAAUGUUUAUGGAACUGCUACAACUGUUAGAAUAAAAGCCACGUUAAGCAGAAUCCUCUGCUUAAAAAAAAAUAAAAACACUCUGGAUAAGAGCACAAUAUAAGAACUGAUAAAUAUGUAUACAUUAAGACUUUUCUAACCUGCCAGAACACAAAAAGCAAUGUUUCUUUUUAUCGUUGAAUAUAAAUCUCUGUACACCCACGAUGUCACACAGAGCGACACUUUAACAUUUCCAUAAUUAUUUUUAAAUUCGCUUUCCUUUGAUGGUGCUUAGGAAGUUUUGGCAGCUUCAUUGGAAAGUUACUGACAUCAUGCAAGCCUGCAUAGGUGAGCAGUACCCCUAACCCAGACCAUUGUAUACCUUUUUUAAUCUCAUAAAAGGAAAAAUCAGUGUAAUCAUAUGGGGAUCAAAAACCACUGAGCAGAAUUUGUUAAAAGGAAGUGGAGUUGGUGCAAAUACCCUGUUCAUUUUCUCAGACCAUGUGGUCUCAGACCAUUUCUGAGAAACGGCAAUGUUUACAUUUGCCUGACCUCUGGAGCUUGUCAGGCAGGCACUGGAGGCACCUGUACCUAAAAGACCUUCAAUUUUCGGGGUUAUCACACACAGCAUGGCUACACAGAACACUGCAAAUAUUUCUUAGAUUGGCGGCUCUUGGCUAUUGCUGCUUGUGUACAGCCAACCAGCAGUGCUUUUCUGUGGGUUAUUUUUAUUUAUUUUUUUCAGAUGAAUGUUUUGAGUGUUGUGGAUAUAGACAAGGGUAUUGACGAGACAUUUAAAUUCUUCAGUUAAUUUUCCGACUUUGAUAGUUUGGCUUAGAAUUUUCAGUUCCUUGUUUAUUGAAUAAUCAUGCUACUGAAAAGAUUUACUCUGUGACACAGGGGAUUUCAAAAUGCUCUCUCUCCGCCAUUUUAUUAAAUCCAUCUUCUAUUUUGUGCUUAUUUCUCCCAUUUAUUAAACACGAAGUUAUAGCUUCUCUAUUGACCUCUUAUCUAGCCACCUGUUACUUUCGUCCCAGACUCCCUGAAUUAUUUUUUCUCACAGGUUAAUGGGAUUUGUUCAGCUCCAGGAUAGGAGUGCUAGGAUUGGCUGAAGCUCACUGGGAAACUGUAAACAUUUGCACUAAAUGCAGAGGCUUCAAAUAUUUUUAAUGCAUAACCCAUAUCUGUGGUUUUUGUAACCCCGGGGGUCUCCUUUGGUAGGAAGAGGGGCAUCGUAUGUAAUGGUAAUAGAGCACAAUAAAUACUGUAGGUUGUCUUCCUCCUACCUUAGAUACAUCUGUGACAUUGAGGAGAGUUUUGCUAGAUGUAUGUUUUUUAAUGUGAAUUUUAUAUUCCAUUUUAAAGCAGGAAAAUCUUGUAUGAUUGGCUUUUUUUUUUUUUAAUUUUAUUUUUUUGACUUUCCAGAUGGAGAGUGUUGGGCCUGCUGUCCAGCCAUUGGGUGCAGAGAGUGAUGACACCAAAGAGAACAUGGAUGCUGCGUAUACAGGGUAAGGACGAUAUUGGAGAGUGUGCUAUCGACGAGAAGCUAUUAUAGCUGCAAUUCUUACAUUGCACAUACUGCCAGGUCUAUUCACUAAACAAUGAAUCUUAUUGAAUCGAUAACUUAACUACAAAAUAGCUGAAUUGGGAAAAAUUCUCCAACUCGAUAAGUCACAGCUUGGUUCUUUUAGCCGAACUCCAAAGCGAAAUUCCCUGAACUCGUUUCACGCAUCAACCAUGGUUGAGAAAGCACCGUUCCAGGCGUAAAACGCGUUCAGGGCAUUUCGGUCCUUCCUUGGGUCACUUUUAUGUGGUUUCCCUUAAAAGGUGCCGUUCUUUUAUAAUUUUUCCUAGCUUCUGUUCUACCUUUGACAAAUUUUUUUUUUUUUUUCACAGUGAGUUUUUUACUGCAUAUUAGGACAGGCUAAGCUCACAGAGCCUUCACAUACUAUGAUAUUGGACUGGCGCAUAUGAGGACUGUUCAAGGCAAUUUUUUUUGCUUCUGUUUCCAUGUUUUAUAUUUUUUUUUUUUUUCCUUUUUCUUUUGCAAAUAAAUGUACUUUUUCUAAGCUUGGUGUGCAAUGGAAUGUACUAUUAAAGUCUGAGUCUGCGGAAAUUAGGGAUCUUUUAGGGAUAAGUUUUUCUAUUGGAGUUUUCGAAGCCCAGCACCAAGGAUGUGUAUGUUAAAUUUUAUCCACGUGAAAUGCAUCUGAUAACUGGCAAAGAUAUUCCAUGAGAUUGUAGCUGCGGCAAUCUGUUCGUUUGAUUGUUUAGUUGGAAACUUUUUUAGCCUGUAGCAUUUUAUUUUUCAGCUUAUUGAAUUUUGGUGUUCAGUGGAUAAACAAUUGUUUGUCUUCAAGUUAAGGUGCAUAUAGAGAGCAAUAUUUUCAGGGGGGAAAAAACGUGGAACGUAGCCUUCUAAUCUUACAAUUAUUUACUUGUUUAAACAUGAUGGUUUUUUUUAGAAAGAGGAAAAAUCUUUUCAAAUCUUUAGUCAUUGCUUAUGCCAAGACAAUACAAUGCUUUCCAUUAUUGUACUCUUGUUAAAUUAAAGUGCUUGGCAGUUGUUGGAAUAAUUUCUGCCCCCGGUGAAUAGCACAGUGGUGUUUUUAUUUUUGUUAACGCAUAUGGAAGCUGUCCGAUAUCACAUAGUUAACUAAUAAACGAAGUAAAAACAACACAUACAAUGAAAAUAAGAGUUACAAAAAUGUGAUGUACUGAUGCUGGGGAAAACAUGCAUCAUGCAAAAUAAUGAAUAUAUUGAGCCCAAAUUGUUUGUGGUUUUUUUUUUUUUUUUUUCAUUACAAAUUAAAUCCUUCUGUUUGUAAAUUUGAUGUCACAUCCCAGGCUCUUUACAUGGACUACAUUCAUGUGCUGGAUUGCAAACAUGGACUAAUUUGUUGGUCCGUGAUCCUUAAAGGGCCAGGCCUCUAAAGUACUCCAGCUUGUUGAUGUGUUUUAUGUGUAAAGUGUCCUCCUUUCCGUUUUACAAAAAGUGCAGAUUUCAAUAAAUUGUCACUUUUAUAAAAUAACCUGGCUGUCAAUCAGACAACCGGUUAUGUUACUUCCUGGUUUGGUUAGCUCAGUGGAGCUAAACUCAAGAGGCAGCAAUAUGCUCAGUCUUGCUUAAAACGUCUUAUUGAGCUGCAUUUGUAAGUGUGUGAUUGGACCAUCACAGAAUGUCUAGGUGGGGUUAGCAGACCAGAAAACUGCAGCUCUUGUGAGCCCUUUUAGAUAUAAACCCAAUGUAAAAAUACAUGGUUUCAUUAAGGGUAUAUCUACUAAACAGAUUUAUUUCCCUUAUUUAAAUUAACCUACAGACAUUGACCAUGUUCCCAAACUCUAGAAAACUGAAUGUUAAAAAAAUGCUAGACCCUUUACAAUGCCUUGUUAAUCUAUUUUAACCCUUGUUGUGAAACCAAUUAUGGUAUGUGAUUGGCAUUCAUCCACCUCCUGUUUCCUGUUUUUUGCACCAGAUCUAAAACAUGUUACACACAUUUUGUAAAGGUAGACAAUAAGCAGUACUUUAACAUUGUCAGGUGCCUACUGCGAAAUAGCCACCCAACACAAUAGACAGGAAAUGUAAGUAUUAGGGUAUGUGAUUUGGAGUGCAGAUUUGGCAGAAUUCCAAACUGUAUUAAAGGAACAUUAACCCGUAUUCCUAAUGCUACUGUGUUCUUGCCCCACCAUCCUUUGCAAGGUCUCAUUUCCACAGACUGAAAGCCUGUACUGGGGAAUACACAAAUCAGAGGCUGCUCAUUGAAAAACUUCUGUAGUGGAGCUGCACUCGAUCACAGCUUUCCAAUGUUUCAUAGUGAGCUGUAAAACUGUGACAUCCAGGGAGGUCUUUCUACCUCCAAUUAUAAAACUGCCAAUUUCUUUUGAAAUUGUCAAAAAAAAAAAAAGACAGACUUCAUUAAGCGUUGUGUCUGGAGUGUUUUGUUUUGCUUUUUUUAAGCCACCUGUUAGUCUGGAAUAUAUGUUGAGAUACUUUACCUUGUGUCUUUGUUUUGUUAUAAAACUUUGCAAAAGGUUAACAACUUGUUAUUGUUCUAAAUAUCCAUCCUCAGGACACCUGUAUCAGACUGUUCACAACAACAUGGAGCUGCUCAACCCCCCACUCCCCAUCAAGAACAGGAGGAUCUAGCAUUACAUAGUGGGGAUCAGCAAAUGGUAGACAGUGAAGAACCGAGGCAAGAGGAAGAGGUAAGAAAAGAACAUGUAAGGCUUGGGGGGGCGGGAAAGCAAAGACACAACUAGAGAGAAAAGAAAAUGUAAAGGGGUGAUUGAAUGGAAAACCAAAUUGAGCUCAUGAAUGUGGAACAGUUGACGGAUGGAUGUGACGUGAAGGAAGUUCAUGCUGAAAGAUGCUUCCAACCUCUUGUAGCAGUCAAGAGGUCGACGUGGUGGCUGGACCAAAGGGCGCAAGAGGAAAAGGAGUCCUCGGGACAACAAUGCCCCAAAAGCACCUCUGACUGGAUAUGUGCGUUUUAUGAAUGAAAGGCGGGAGCAACUGAGGGCGGAAAGACCAGAUGUGCCAUUCCCUGAGAUCACCAGAAUCGUAGGCAGUGAGUGGAGCAAGUUGCCCGCCCACGAGAAGCAGGUGAUUUACCUUUGUUUUGGCAGAGUAGAUUUUGUAUAUCCACCCUCACCAUGUCCAAGAAUGUAAUUUGUUCCAUCCAUACUCAUGACCCUUUUCACUCCACCCACUUGCCGAUACGAUGCUGAUUGGUCCCUGUGCUGCAAUUUAGCAUUGAUUACUUGAGUAAUAUCCUAUGGUUUUUUUGUUUUGUGGCUUUUUAAGAGCAUGGGAGGUGACUGUUCAAAAAAAGUGUGUUCUUUCCUACCGCACACCAGUAGCCUAUUUUGUCUUCUGGCCACCCACGGGACACAUGCAGUCUGCCAUUAUCCUUCCCUAUUCAUGAAUUCAUCCUACAUAUACAUCUAAAUUGAAUCUUAAUGUGAUUGAGCGUAAGAUAUUUACUUCCUCUGGUUUGAGAACAGGAUCUCCUUUGUAGUAGAGAAGCGUUCAGCUCCCAUACUUGUGACCAACACUUAAAUAAUAGCCAUCCAUAAUAGCUGGGUGAUUGAUUGCUCAUUGCCCAACAGAUGAAGUGUAGCCAGUGACCUUUCUCCCCUAUUUAUACUAAUACUUUCUUCUGUCUCUUCUAUUUUCUAAGCUGUGCUUCACCUAACUCCUUACUCCUUGUGUUUUUCUCCUAAUUCACUAUACUGUCUGUCCUGAGACCUCUCUCUGCCUCCCCCAGCACUGAGCUGUGUGUAUUCUAGCAUUACCUGGAUGAAGCAGAAAGAGACAAGGAGCGGUAUACAAAGGAACUCCAGCAGUACCAGAAAACCGAGGCCUUCCGUUCAUACAGCUGCAAGUCACAGAGUCACCAGAAGGGAAGGCAGCAAAGACAGGGUGAGCUUUAGCGAGAAAGAUGGCUCUAUUUAGAAGGGACCAGUGGGACUUCUACAUGUGCAUACCAGCAGGAAGGAACUAGCUAAGAAUGGAUCGCAGCAUCAAUAUAUUCCUGAAAACUAUUAGUUUUGUCUGCAUUGCAUAUUAUUUUAAUAGUUACAAUAAGCAAAUGCAGGUUUCAUGGACUCUGUCAUCAGCAGAAAUCUUGGUUCUGCAUUUAAACCUAUAGUUUUGAUGUGCAAGUUUAUCAGAAUCAAUAUGCCAUGUACAGCUCAGAUCCCCAAUUAUUAUUUUAAUAUUUUUUGGCAUUUGUAUAGCGCCAACAUCUGCAAGGCUUUACAAUGUUGUAAAAAUUACCAGAAAAGAAACAUACAAAAUGUUACAGGAACAAUACUUUAAGGGCCAUGUUUAAACGAGUUUACAGUCUAGAGGAGGUUGAGUAUAAAGCACAAUAGGACUGGCAUUUCUGCUCAGAAGACUUGUUGUUUAAAGGGAUAUUAUAGACACCUAGACCAGUUCAGCUUAUUGAAGUAUUCUGGGUGCAGUGUCCCUGGUCCCUUAACCCUUGCAGUUUUUGAUAAAGUUCAAUUGCUACCUGCCAGGGUUAACUUCACCUCUAGUGGCUGUCCGGGUGGUUAGGCGACUUUUAAUCAUCUAACUGAUGCUGGACAUCCUCACGCUCUGCAUGAGAACAUCCAGCUUCACCCAAAACCAGAUACAAUGCUUUCCUAUGUCGGAAGUUCUACUGCUCCUGUGUAUGCGCAUUAGGACCCUCUGCUGGCUGAUAUCAGUAGAGCCUGUGGGACAUUGAUGCUGGAAUGAGGUAAGUGACAGAAGGAGUUUUAACCACUUCUGCACCAAGGGGGGCACUGUAUGGAGCUAUAUUGCCAGGAAAACAACUUUGUUUUCAUGGCACUAUAGUUUCCCUUUAAGCAAAAGGCAUCUAGUGUUUGAGCAGUGCCUGCAACAUAUUCAUAACUAAGUGUGAUCACACUUGGUUAAGUAAAUAACCUUGAUGAAGUGUACAGCCCAGGGAAGAAGGUGUUUGAGCAUUGCUUGGGACUGUAUAUAGACAAGCUUCUGGAAGAGCAGAAAGUAUGUAUUUCAGACAAGUAUUUGAAUGAGCGGACUCUCGAGUCUGCAAUAAACCAUCUGUAUCUAACCUAAAUUUAAAUUCCAAAUGUAAAUUUAUUUAAAUAUUUUUUUUUUUUUUUUUUUUUAUUUGGUUUGAUCUAGUGCAUGGGUGUAUGAUAUCCCUGUGCACUAUAAAAUAAUCAAAUUCUCUCGAAUAGGGCUAAUAUGCUCCCAGAAAGGAACAUUGUAAAGAGAGUUGUGUAACUGGGGUUCAGGGCUACGUCAUCGACUUUUUUUAAAGGUGUCUGGUCAUAUGAUUAAAAUAUCUUUUUAUUAUUCUCGCCUUAAAUGUUUUUUAUUUUUAUCCAUUUUUAUUGGGUUCUUAUAGCACAUGGAUGUAAGAGAGCGAGCCAGGGGUGACAGCUAGGAUGGUGGGGAAUAUAAGAUGGUAUGGACAAAUUGGAAAUUGGGUAUGAGACUGAUUUCCCUCCUAAUUUCUAUUUUUUUAUUUAGAAGGAGCUCGUACAAUCUCCAGUGGCCCAGAGGUAAGGAUACCACAUCACUAUAAGCCCCCUAAAAAGGACAUUUAAGCUGUGCUAACAGACAGGCUUUGUUUAAUUGACAUUUUCUUACAUUACCCUAUUCAUUUGCUCUAGUUCUCCACUGAUUUUGUGUUUUGGAAGCAUUCAUUUGGUCCAAUAAAGGAAAAAUAGGGAGGGGGGUGGGGGGGCGGGGAUUUAGAAGAAAUGGUGAAGACAAAAGGAAAGACCACGAGAAACCAAGAUGGGUUAAAGGGAAAUGCUAGAUUGUGUGUGUCUAUGUAUUUUGUACCUGGUGUCUUAAAAAUAUACAAUGUCAUUUUAUUUUAUUUUUUUUAAACCACUAACCGCGUUUGGAGUUUUUGCAUCUGCUACAAAAUCACUUGCUAUGCAGACUCUGAAAUACGCUCACCAACCCAGGAAUCGCGUGACUCCUGUUCUGUAAAAACUGCAUAGCUUAUUAAACUUUAUUAUUUGUAUUUAUUUAUUUUUAUUACAGCAAGGGUUUCAGUGAGAUGUAGUUAAUUAUCUGCUUUCUACUCUAGAUCGCUAACCUGCUGUCAUGAUACGGCCUAUUUUGGUGCAAAAACAGGGAACCUUACUGGUUGGAUGGAGGGAGCCAUAGGCACUUCAUCGCUUGCUCAAAAAAAUCCAUUGACUUCAUACUGAAUAUACAAGUGUGUAAAUAUUAACUGUGGAGCCGGGAGAUUAGCCAUAUGGAUUAUAUAGAGCUGUUAAGACUAGAGAAAGCUAAUAAGCUGGAUAAGGGAAAGACCAGCAAACUAAAUAUGUCCUAUCCUGAAGUGGAUUCACAAAGGAUUUGGUUGAAAGUAGAGACAUUGACAGAGCUAUAAUGCUGUUAAUCUCUGACAGGCAGUAGGAAGACAUGCUGGAUGGAUAGCAGUGUGGGCUAUGGAUGGUAUGGCAUUGAUGUUGGAGUCGAGUAAACGGGAUGGGCAUAGUAAAGAAUAUUUUGGCACUUAAAAAAAAAAAAAAAAAAAAUCAACUGUUUACAUUUGACCUAUAUACUGAUUACUCACUUUGUCAAUGUUAAAGGUACGCUGCAAGGUACGCAGCAUUCACCUCAAUAAGAAGCAUUUGAUUCAAUAUUUCUAAUUGAGAAGUAUUGGACAUAGCAUGCAAAGUAUGUGGCACCAGAUGCUGUGUAACACUUGAUGUCAAAUGAUGUAAUUAUGGAAAAUUGAAUGGUAGUCAAAAGCCCCUAGUGACUGUCUGUCUGACUGCCAAUAGAGUAUGCUUGUAAACUGUAACAUGUUACAGCACCAUUUUUUUCAGCUCGCCAUUGUUUUCAUCUGCAAGGUUGCAAGGGCAGAAUAAAUGCCUCCCAAUCCUAGUAAUACUAAGGAUUGAUCAUUUAAGAUUUUUAUUGACUUUAAGUAAGUGUGUGAUACUACAAAAAUAAGAUUAUGAAGUGGCAUUUUAUUGAUAUUGUUUUAACUCGACAUUAAUUCGUUAGUUUUUUUUUUUUUGUCUCUGUUUUUGUUACAUACCAGUCCCUUUAGAAGAACUAUAACCUUGUGGAAGGAGAGGUGGACUGCUAAGAGAGAGAUUGUAUUGUUGAGAAAAUAAAUUCAAGAUAUGUCGGCUGUGUUUGGAGUGCAAGAUGAGGGAUCAUGGAUAGAGAAUUACAGAGGGACAAAAGUUUGGGGAGAAAUAGUGAGAUACUGUAAAUGUAGUGCAUGCCAAAAAGGUGAGGUGGUUGAUUUUUAACACUGAAAGAUCAAGUAAGGGGAAAAAAAUAAGCCAUUUUGUAUACAGGAUGAAGCAAAUUGGUGAUACUUUCAAAAUUAUUUUAGCAAAGUUUCGAUCAUAAAAGUUGUUGAGUAAGAGAAACGUUAUGAGAUUAGCAGCGGUUAACCCGUUUCUUUUUGCUAGGUACAUUUUUAAGAAGAUUUUUCUGUGAAAAAUAAGAGAUUCCUAGAAAGUAAAGCUCAGGAAACCCGAGCAUUGAUACUUUAGACUUACUGCUAUAAUCACACCACUAAAGUGAGAAUUGUAGGGAAUUUAAAGUGAUAAAAAUAUUUAGGCCAAAAUAGGCAAUUUAGAAAAAAAUCUAAAUGAUGUGUUGAAAUAUGAUAUUCACUUUUAAUUUCCAGUAAUACUCACUUUAGUGAAUAAUUAGUUUGUGUAAUGCAUGUCCUAUAUCCUCCCCAUUUCUUACUGUGUAUUGUGUGUCCUAAAUCAUCCACAUUUCAUAUUUUUCAUCACCGCAAUACCCUGUUCACAAUAUGCAUGACUUUUCAUUCGCGCAAUUCAUUUUCCCAUGACUAUAUUGCCAGUUAGAUUAAUGCCUAUAUAAUUGUUAAUUGUCUUCUUUCUUUUGCUCAUCUGCAUUGCAUUCUACUAUCCACUGCUCCACAUUCCUACAGAUAUUUACAUAUAUCUUCCUCUUUCUCACUGCAGAAAGAAUCUGUUCUGAAAGAGAGACCAAUCUUCGACAUACCAAUCUUUACGGAGGAGUUCUUGAAUCACAGCAAAGGUAAGAGAUCCCUAUUGACGGAGAAAUAACCGACAGGGGUCUUCCUGUUACCAAUACAUUUACACUUUUUCACGGUUCUAUAAUUUAGCACGUGAGGCAGAAUUAAGGCAGUUGCGGAAGACCAAUAUGGAGUUUGAAGAACGUAACGCUGCUCUCCAGAAACACGUGGAGAGCAUGAGAUCUGCAGUGCAGAGAUUGGAGGCCGAACUUAACCAAGAACAGGGGCGGAAUUCUUUGUUGCAGCUUCACCUACAGAGUGUUCGCCAGGCACUGACGCACUGUCUGCGGGCUGUACCGAUUCCAGGUAUGUUCCUGUCUGCAGCUUCAGAUGCUGAGGUCAUAGCACUCCACUUUAAUGUAAAAGGCCAAGACAGGCUUGUAUUAUAAGAGCUACUUUCUGUACCCAAACCUGAUCUCAAAGUUUGGUGUCUGCCAAGUAGUGUGUACGUCAAUGUGCCACUAAUCUGUUUGUGAAGAAUAGGUUAUAAAACCUGUAUACAAGUUACAUACACGAUUCAUUUGUUGACAAUACCAACAUACCACAUGUUCCGGUGUCUUUUUUUACAUUUUCUGUUUUUUUUUGUUUUUUUUUGUCAGGUACUUCAGAAACACCAACGCUGGAUACCAUUGACACCUACAUGAGUCGCUUACAAAACGCCAUUCUCACACACCCAAAAGAGAGCGAGGCUCUUAUUGCUGGCGUCCGAGAAGCCCUAAGCCAGCUGGAAGGGUGA